AUGAUUUCCAAUACUUCCGACGUCCCUGUAUUGACAGGAGGGUUCAUCACCUUGGAUAUGAUCAAGAAGCAUCCCGACAACUAUCAAGACCGUCGUACCAAGAUUGUCUGUACCAUUGGGCCUGCCUGCUGGAGCAAGGAGAAUCUUGGAAAGCUCAUGGAUGCUGGAAUGAAUGUUGCCCGUUUCAACUUCAGUCACGGUGAUCACGAGGGUCAUGGUGCCGUCUUGGAACGUAUUCGUGAAGUUGCUAUGGAGAAGUCUAGAAACAUUGCCAUCUUGUUGGAUACCAAGGGACCUGAAAUCCGUACUGGUUUCUUCGCCAACGAUGCCAAGAAAAUUGAUCUCGUCAAGGGUGAAAGCAUUAUCCUAACUUCCGACUAUAGUUUCAAGGGAGACAAGAGCAAGCUCGCUUGCAGUUACGCUAGUCUAGCUACUUCUGUCACGAAUGGUCAGCAGAUUUUGGUUGCUGAUGGAUCUCUUGUCUUGGUGGUCUUGAGUACCGAUCCUGCCAACAAGGAAAUCACUUGUCGUAUCGAAAACAAUGCUUCCAUUGGCGAGCGCAAGAACAUGAACUUGCCCGGUGUCAAGGUGGAUUUGCCUACAUUUACCGAAAAGGAUGUCAAGGAUAUCGUUGACUUUGGAAUUGCUCGAAAGGUCGAGUACAUUGCCGCAUCCUUUGUCCGUACUGGAGACGAUGUUCGCAACCUCAAGAAAUUGUUGGCCGACAACAAUGGGUCGCAAAUCAAAAUCAUCUCCAAGAUUGAAAAUCAAGAGGGAUUGGAGAACUAUGACGACAUUGUUAAGGAAACCGAUGCCGUCAUGGUGGCCCGUGGUGAUCUUGGUAUGGAGAUUCCAGCCAGUAAGGUCUUUUUGGCACAAAAGUACAUGAUCCGAAAGGCCAACCUUGCUGGAAAGCCAGUCAUUACUGCUACCCAGAUGCUUGAGUCCAUGAUCAACAAUCCUCGUCCUACUCGUGCCGAAUGUAGUGAUGUGGCUAACGCCGUCUAUGACGGAACCGAUGCCGUCAUGCUUUCUGGUGAAACAGCCAACGGUCCAUACUUUGAAGAAGCCAUCCAUGUCAUGGCUCGUACUUGUGUCGAAGCUGAAUCUAGCCGAAACUACAACAUGCUGUUCCAAUCCGUCCAAAACAGUAUCAUCUCAGAAUCUCACGAUCUUUCUGCUGGAGAAUCCUUGGCAAGUAGUGCUGUCAAGACUGCUAUUGAUAUCAAAGCAAAGUUGAUUGUCAUCAUGAGCAAGAACGGAAAAAUGGCUAGCUAUGUGUCCAAGUUCCGUCCUGGAAUCGGAGCUCUGAUGUUGACUCCCAACUUGACGGUCGCUCGUCAAGCCAGUGGCCUCAUGCUCGGAAUGCACACUAUUCAAAUUGAUUCUCUUGACAAGUGGGAAGAACUAAUUGAAGAGACUUGCCACGAACUUCUUAGCAACUCCAUGAUGCACAAGGGAGACAAGAUUGUCGUCAUCAGUGGUAAGAUGGGGAGUAUGCGUGAACGCCUCAUUAUUACCGAAUUGCAGGAAGGAAAGUCGCACGGUCAUUUCGUAAAGGGUGGUGGUCUAUUUUUCAACCGUGGCCUCAUGUUGAGUUUUGGAACCUAUUAG